AUGAAAUUGAACGCCAACCUAUUGAGCUUGGCUGCUUUGGCAGCAUUGCCAAGCAUGACCUAUGCAGCUCCUGUUAGUACUUGCGACGCACAGAGCAGUUGCCUCAAGUUCAGUGUUACAAAAUUGAACGAGGAUGCCUGUGGCGUAGGCGGAGACUGUGCUGUUGAAGUAUGUAUGCAAGCCAAGGGCGGAUAUUGUGACAAAGGCGGUUCCGAGGGUUUCAGCCACAUGUGUAUGCAGAGUAACGGCGCUGGUUGCGCUGUAUGGGCCGAUUCUCCUGCUAAUACAAUUCCUAUUUUGGGAGAUUACGGCGACGCCGGAACUUGUAGUAAUGGAGAAAUCUCUGGACAAGGCUCUGGAGUUCCUACAUUCGGGGGUAAGUGUGAAGACAAGAACGAUGUAACAAUGUGUCAAGAGGGAAAGCCAGGCCAGACUCUUUACUGGAUUCUCAAAGACGGGGAAGAUAGUACGCAAGAAGACAGGUCAUACAUCAAGCCAUACUUCGAUGCUGCUGGAGCAGACACGGGGUGUACUGGUCAAGUCCGAUGCUUCAACUACGAGUACAAGUGUGGAACGACUGGAAAUGACGUUCAAAAGGAGAAGGAGCGUACUUGGGCUUUUACCAUUCCUGAUGGAACUGGUGGCUCUUGUGAUACCUGCGGAGGAACCCCAACUCCACCUUUGUCAACGCCACCACCAGAUCCCACACCACCGCCACAAUCUGACAUUCAACCAACACCUGGAAGCAAUGGAGAUCCUCACUUCAAGACAUGGAAGAACGAGCACUUCGAGUACCACGGACAAUGCGAUUUGGUCCUUACCAAGGACGCAAACUUUGCUGAUGGCCUUGGUCUCGACAUUCAACUCCGUACCAAGUUGGUUCGCUACUGGAGCUACAUUCGUAACGCUGCCAUCCGCAUUGGCCACGAUAUCAUCGAGUUGGAAGGAUCUGACGACCCGCAAGAUCAACGCGUUCGAUACUGGUACAAUAUGCAAUUUAGAUCCGAUGAAGCGAAGACUUUGGGUGGAUUCCCCAUGACCAUUCGUCGAGGUUACUCCAAGGGAACCAAGAUUGUAAUCGACUUGGACAGCAAGUAUCCUGGUGUCAAGCUUGUUAUGUCCACCUACAAGGAAUUUGUCAAGGUGGAGGUGGAAGGAGCGACCGAAGAAGCCUUUGGCAAAUCUGUUGGAUUGUUGGGUGACUUUAAGACUGGAAAGACCCUUGCCCGUGAUGGCGAGACUUACGUACAUGACUUCCGUGACUACGGAAACGAAUGGCAAGUCACCCCGAUGGAGGACAUGCUCUUCCAUUCUACGGAAGAACCUCAAUUCCCCAAGAAGUGUCUGGAACCCGAGGAUCCUCGUGGAGACCGUCGUCGCCGUUUGGACGAGUCCAAUAUCACUAUGGAGCAAGCCGAGAAGGCCUGCUCCAGACUGAAGGACCCUUUGGACCAAAAGGAUUGCGUCUAUGAUAUCUUAGCCACCCAAGAUAUGGGAAUGGCUGGUGCCUUUUAG